AUGAGCGAUAAUUUGGCACCAGAUGGCGGACCAAAAGGAAAUCGAGUUUGGGCUGAUGGAUGGUAGGUUUUCGGGCUGAAAAUCAGGGAAUUUCGGGCUGAAAAUCGUGAUUUUCAGAUGUUUUUAGUCAAAAAAAUUUGAAUUUUGACUGAAAAUUUGUUUCGAAAUUUGAUUAAAUUUUUUUUUAAAUUCCAAAAGCAUUUGAGAAUUUGAAAAAAUUUUGAAACAGUGAUUUUUUGACUAAGAAUUUGGUAUGUUGAUCAAAUUUUGAAAAUAACCUGAAAAUUUUAAUAAUUUUUGAAACAGUAAAAUUUUUCGGUUUCAAAAUUUUUUUUGAUUCCCAAAAAACGAACUCAAUUCAGAGAAUGAUCAACAAACUAUCAACAAAAUAAUAAAUCUGAAAAUUUGCACAAUUUUUAAACAGUAAUUUAUAAUUGAAGAGUGGUAUUUGAAAAUUUAAAAAUUAAUUUUUCUGAUGGAAAGCUGCUCUUUGAAUGUACUGAAUUUCAAAAAUAACCUAAAAAUUUGCAUAAUUUUUGAAACAGUAAAAAUUUCGUUGAAAAAUUUUUGAAAAAUGAAUGGGAAAUGUCACAUUAAUGAAAUUUAGAAUUUCACAAACAAUUUGCAUAAUUUUUGAAACAGUGAAUAAUUUUUGCAGCUACGAUAUGGUUCAUUUCGGCCACGCCAAUCAAUUGCGACAAGCCAAACAAUUCGGCAAAAAAUUAAUUGUCGGAAUUCACAGCGACGAAGAAAUUCGAUUGCACAAAGGACCGCCAGUUUUUAAUGAAGAAGAAAGAUAUCGAAUGGUGGCUGGAAUUAAAUGGGUUGAUGAAAUUGUGAGAAAUGCACCGUAUGUUACAACUGUUGAAACAUUGGAUAAUUAUCAAUGUGAUUUUUGUAUUCAUGGAGGUAAGCGAAAUUUUUCGAUUAUUUUUUAAGCUGAAAAUUCGUUUGAUUUUGGUGAUAAAUUUUCAUUCGAAAAUUCUACUGUUUCAAAAAAUUAUGAAAUUUUUUGAAAUUUUAUAAAUAUUUAUAACUGUUUGGUAUUCUUGUAGAUAAAAUUGUUACUUUUCUUGAAUUUUUGAAAAUUUGAGAUUUUUCUGAAAAUAGGCUAGCUUUUUGAAAAAUUCAAGAAAAUAAUUUUUUUAAUCUAGAAAAAUUUGGAAAUUUUGGAGUCAAAUUUCAGUAAACUUUAAAUAUUUUACUGUUUCAAGAAUUAUUAAAAUUUUAUGUUAAAAUUUUAAUAUUGAUCCCGUGGUCGGUAAUUUUAGCUAAAAUUGUAACUUCUCUGAAACCCUAUUUUAUACUCUCAAAAAAUUCACUGUUUCAAAAAUUUAUCUUAUUUUUUACACGAUUUUCAUCUUUGCUCUGUACGGCCCUAUAACAAAAUUCAAAUAACAAGAAAAAAAAAUUUGGAACUUAAAAAAAAUCUACUGUUUCAAAUAUUCAUCUUAUUUUUCACAAGAUUUUGAAAAUUUGUUGCGCGAAUUAUUUUUUGUUUAGAAUUUGGCGCUGAAAAAAUUUAUUAAUUCAGUUUUAAAAUUUUUCUGGCGCCCAUUUUUUUAUCUUCUAGAAAAUUGUUCAAAAAGUGAUGUUUGACAUCAAUUUUUGAUCAAUAGUUCAGCAAAUUUUUACAAAACAUUUUUUUUCGAAAAAAAAUAUUACAAAAUAUAUUUUUAGUAUGGGAAACCAGAAUUUCAACUGAAAAUUUGAUUUCGGACUGAAAAUUGAGAUUUUCAGCUAUGAAUAAAUUUUUUUUUCAGCUCUGAAUAAAAUAAAAUGGAUAUUUACAGCAAAAAAUUCACUAAAAAUUACCAAAAACCUGAAAAUUUCACCCCAAAAUUCUCCCAUAUUUUUCCAGAUGACAUAACUCUAACCGCCGAUGGAAAAGACACAUAUGAAGAAGUGAAACGCGAAAAAAGAUAUCGAGAAUGCAAAAGAACAUGCGGAGUUUCGACAACUGAUUUGGUUGGAAGAAUGUUGUUAUUGACUAAGAAUCAUCAUACACAUGAUGAUGAACAUGUUGAACAACAUAAAGAUCGAGCUAGAAGUUUGAGCAUGGUAAGGAAUUGGAUUUUUGGGGGAAUUGGGCCAAAAAUCAGUAUUUUCAGCCACUAUUUGUUCUGAAAUUGAUUGAAAAUCUUGAAUUCCCCAUUCAAAAAUAAAUAUUUUCAGGACAAUGUUGCUCAAUCGCCUUGGACUCGAGUUUCGAGAUUUGUCCCAACGACUACUACAAUUUUGGAAUUUGCUGAAGGAAGAGCGCCAAAACCAACUGAUAAAGUUAGUUUUUUUCACUGUUUCGAAAAAAUUGUAUAGGCAAAAAAUCACUAUUUCAAAGUUAUCAUAGAGUUAUGUUUGGGGAUUUGAAAUAUGUCUAUUGUACAUCAGAAUUUUGAAAAAUAUACUGUUUCAAAAGUUUUAUAAGUAAAUUUGUAAUGUUGAAAGCGAUGAUGUGUAGUGAAAGAAACGUAUCAAAAAAUCUCAAAAUUUAUUAUUUCAAGAAUCUAUAAAUUUUCUGAUGUGAGCAGCUGAAAAAUUCAAAAAUUUCACUGUUUCAAAUUUUUUUUAAAUUUAUGGAAAUUUUGAUGGCAUUAACUUUUAUGAAUUAAAAAUUAAAAAUACAUUUUUAUAGAAAACUUUCACUGUUUCAAAGUUUUUUUUAAUUAUUUUUUUUCGACUUGAAUCACCCCAUUAGGGAAAAUAGUCUAACAAAAUUUUAUUCGAAGUUCAAAUUUAGGGUCCUUAAUUUUUAAAGAAAAUAAAUUACUGUUUCAAGAAAUUUUUUAAUUGAAAAUAUUGAAAAUAGUGAUAUUUCAUGAAAAUAGUGAUGUCCAUAUUUCAAAAAUUCUUGAAAAUUUGACUGUUUCAAAAUGUUUAUGAGUAUCCGCAGAUUUCAAAAUUAUAAUGAUCUGUUCUUUGCGAAUCUAAAAACAUUUGAAAAAAAUUCACUGUUUCAAAGUUUUUAUUGAAUUUCUCUGGAUAUUUUAAAUUGAUCAACUUCCUGAUAAUAUGAAAUUUUAAUUGAAGUUCUAAGACCUUAAGGUUCCAAAUAUUUCAAAAUAUUUUUUUAUGCGAUUCCUAAUAAACUUUCAGACACAAAAAUUUGACAUUUUGAAUAUUCUUUUCUGGCUGAAAAAAUUUUGAAAAAUUCACUGUUUCAAAGUUUUCAUGAAAUUUUUAUUUUGGUAUUUCGAAUAGUAUGAAACGGGGACUCUAAAAAGAUUUAGUUGAAAGUUUUUUUUGAAAUCUUAAUUUUAUAAAGAAAUUCGGGAAUUGUUUGAAAAAAUUAUCUGUAAAAAAGUUCACUGUUUCAAAAUUAGAUGAAAUUUUGAAAAUUGAUCCAAAAGAAAAUUCAUAAGGGAAUAGAAACAAAAAUUAAAAGCUAGAGAAUUCUCACUGUUUCAAAUUUUCUAUGAAGAUUUUGUUUUUAAUUUUAAAAACGUUUUACAAAAAAUCUAACUGUUUCAAAAAUGCUCGGAUUCUCUUCUUGUAGGUAGUUUAUGUUGCUGGUUCAUUCGAUUUGUUCCACAUCGGACAUUUGGCAUUUUUAGAAAAGGCCAAAGAAUUUGGCGAUUAUUUGAUUGUUGGAAUAUUAUCGGAUCAAACUGUUAAUCAAUAUAAAGGAAGUAAUCAUCCAAUUAUGUCGAUUCAUGAACGAGUUUUAUCGGUUUUGGCGUAUAAGGUACGGGAUUUUUGGGCCAAUUUUUUUUAUUUAAAAAUUUUUUAUUUUGAUUUUUCAGCCAGUAAACGAGGUUAUGAUUGGAGCGCCUUAUCAAAUUUCGGCCGAUAUUUUGGAUCAAUUCAAUGUUCAGGUAUGUAUGUUUUGUGGGAUUUGAAUUUUUCAUCAGAAAAUCUCAAAAUUCUCCAAAAAAAAAAACUCAAUUCCAAAUUUUUUUCGAAAAUCCUAGCUUCCCACAUUUUUCUGUCCCAAAAUACCUAUUUCCCUCCCCUUUUCUCUUUUUUUUCUCAUCUUUCUCCUCUCGCGACGAAAUAGUGUGUGUUUUGAAGAGAGACACACACAAAAGAUAGCGCCUCGCUUUUCCCGUCAAACGUCCGUCACUCGUUUUAUUGAAAAGAGAAAUGAGAGAUAGAAAUGUCAAGCCUUUCUGGUAUGGCUAUUCUCCAGAAUCAAAAGGCCGGCGAUGAUUGACACAUUUUCCCACACGCAAUUUCUCCUGAACUCGUGAUGGCAAUUACUUCCUUGGACGUCUGAGCCACCUUAAAUUAAAGACUUUUUAAAGACCUUAGGGUUGUAAUAAGGAGAGAAAGAGCAGAAGAAUUGAGGUUUUUGGGAACCUCUUCAGGAUUGUGAUAAAAUUUUAGGAUAUAAGAAUAGGCCAGUUUCAUAAGUAUGUUAUAAAUAGUCAGGAAUUCAUUAAGUGGAACGAAAACAUCACAAAAUGUUCAUUUUCCACUUCUGAAAGACAAAACAGCGCAGUUUUUCAAACUUAUAAGUAUUUUGUGUGAAUUAAUGUGCUAUCGAAGAUAAUCAAACCAUUUUAUGACAAAUUACAUUCUAAUACAAAAAUAUUGUUUUUGAUUUUUUGUUGUUUUCUUUAUUAAGUUGCUCAUAAAUCCCAUUGUUUUCUUAUUCCCAUUCCUCAUGUUCAUAAUUGUUUUAUUGUUCGAAUCGAAAAUGUAAAAAAGUUCGCUUCGGUUGAUUUUUUCACAUUUUUCUCUUCAAAAAAUGUGAAAAAAUGCGCUCUGACCGAUUUUUUCACAUUUUCUCAAAGAAAAAAAGGAGGAAAAAAUGUGAAAAAAUCGGUCACAGCGCAUUUUUUCACAUUUUCUGUUUUCGCGUAAAAACGUGUGAUUUUCAGAGAAGUAGUGAAAUUGAGAGUUACCAAUUAUGAAAGCAUUGAAACAACAGAAAUUGAACUUAAUUUAACCCUUCAAUUUCGAAAAUUCUUUUGAAAACUGAAAAAACCAACAAAACUCGACUAUUUCGAGGAAAAAAUCAAAAUUCAUCACGUUUCACACUUUGGGCUGAUUAUUCUUCAUCAACUCAAUCUAUUUACAAACGGUUUUUCCCGUUUUCACAACUAUUUUCCGUCGAUUUCUUCGAAAAAAACGAAAAAAAGAAAAGAAAUUCGAUUAAAGGGAGGACGAUGACAUGUGUGUGUGUACCUCGCAGCGAACACACAUUUCGUGUACUUCUCUCGGACGAUUUCAAAAAAUAUUUUUUUUCUUUUUCGUCGAAAAUGUGUUUUGUUUGUUUUAUCCUAUAUGAAAAUAGUAUUUUGAUACUUUCAGGUGAUAAAAUCGAUAAAUGGUGAUGGAAGAACAACUGGAACAACACUAUAUAGGAAUUAUUGGUAAGUAAUUUGUUUUUAUUUGACAAAGGAAGAAAACACAUCAAGAACCUAAAUUUCGAUGAAACUUGGUGGAAAUACAGAAUUAAGCAUGCUAAUUGUGAUAUGGGAGGUGCAAGUCAUUAGAAACUCCCGUUGAUAACUGGUAUGAUGCUACAAAGUGUCAGUUUCUCUGCUUUUCACAAGAAACAUUCAAAAAUUGCAAAAAUCAAGUGGAAAUUUUUGCUCACCGAAUCAAGGUGCAAAAAGUGUGAAAGACUGAUAACUUUGAAGCUUCAUAAAAGUGCUCACAUGGUUCUGAUGAAACUUUCAACUUCGAAACACGAAUUUUUACUUUACUGUUGUAUAGAGAAGAAAAACCAACUUCAGAUUGUUUUCUGAGAAGUGAUGAAAAAUGAUACCUUAUAUUAGAAUUGAUUUAUCGCUUCCACCAAGUUUCUUCAUACGUUUUUUAUAAACUUGAGAAAAAACAUUCGUUUCUACUGCAAUUACAAUUACAGUUUUUUGCAGACAAAUCUCGAAAUCGGGACGUACUCGGAUGACAAACAAUCGACACAAUAAGAUGGGUCUUCAAACAACCGUUCGAGGAAUUUUUUCUAAUAACUUUUUGUAUGUUUUUCCACAUUUUUCUUCGAUUCAAAAAUGUCAACAAAUUUGUUGCAACUCAUUUUUUCACAUUUUUGAAUAGCAAAAAAAAUGUGAAAAAAUUGGCUGCACCCGUUUUUUUCACAUUUUUCCAAGGUUUUUUUUGUGAAGAUCAAAUGUGAAAAAAUUAGCUCUGACCGAUUUUUUAACAUUUUUUAUCACUGGAAAAUGUCAAAAAAUUGGUUGUGGCUGAUUUUUUCACAUUUUUUCUUCGGAAUUGGGAGAUAAAAUGUCAAAAAAUGAGAUGCAGCCAAUUUUUUUACAUUUAUUUUCAACAUUGUUGUUCCUUCUUUUGUUUAAUAAAUUGAUUUUGAAAAAUGGUUUUUGGCGAGUGUUCAAAAAAAAGCGAGGCUGAUAAGAAUAAGAGUUUUUCUUGACAGUUUCUUGGAAAAGUUUGAAUUGCAUACCGAUUAUCAGAUAUAUGUCUGUUUUUUCAACAUGGUACAAUUCAACGACAGUUUUCAUCAACUUGACUAUUUAUAACAUACUUAUGAAACUGGCCUAUUCUUAUAUUGAGAUUUAAGGAAGAAAAUUAGGGCUAAUGGUAAUUAGGGAAGUUUUAAGGUUGUUCUUGCAAUUUUUACGGGUCUUCUAAGGGUUAUUAUAAGAUUGUGAGAGUUUUUGAUGUCAUUUUUAAAGAAAAAUGUGGAGGAAACAACGAGAAAAAUUAAACAUUUUAGAAAAAUUCAAACAUUUUGACGUCUAAAUUCCACGUGGCAAAUUUUUGAAAUUCAAAAAAAUCCCCCAAUUUUGCAGGCCGUCGUAAAUGGUUUCCGUGAUCGUGCCUCAUCUUCUUCCGUCGAUUCAGCUCUUUCAAAUAUCGAUCCAUUUUUGGAAGCAAAAAAACGUGGAAUUUAUCACGAAGUCGAUUCUGGAAGCGAUAUGACAACUGAUUUAAUAAUUGAUCGAAUUAUUCGACAUCGAAUCGAUUAUGAAAUGAGAAAUAAGAAAAAAGAACAAAAAGAAGCGGAUGUUGCAAAAGCUAUGAAUAUUAUUAAAUAAGUAUUCGAUUUUGAUAUGCCCAAUUACUUGCUUUAUUUUCUUGCCUUUUAAAGGUUCUUUAUGAGUUUUAAUGUAAACUUUUCUGAUAAUCAAAGUUUUUUUGGUUGAUUAUGUAAGUACUAUUCUUGUGUAAUAAAGUUUUUCCUUUGGAAAAUUCGAAAUUUUCAGAGUCAGAACCAUUUUCGAAAAAAAAUUUUUGAUCUACCCCAAAAUUUUUGCGCGAAUUUUUUUUUCAAAUUCAACAAUUUUUUUAUUCCUUUUUUUCAUUCGCUUCUUCUAUAUUCUCGCUUUAUUCGACUUCUACUAACUACUAAUCAAUUAACAAUGGCUCAGUGAGUUUUAUUCUGAUUUAUUUUUGAAAAAAAAUUCACGUGGCAAAUUCAAAUUCGAAAUUUUUUGCGCUAAAAAUCCACGUGGCAAGUUUGAAAAUUCAAAAUUUCAAAAAUUUUGGUGUCAAAAAAUUCCACGUGGCAGAUUCAAUGUUUAAAAAUUAAAAAAUUUGGAACUAAAAAAUCUACGUAUCAAAAUUAUUGCAAAAAUCCAUUAAUUUUGGUGCUAAAAAUAUCCACGUGGCAAAUGUUUCGAAUUCAAAAUAAUUUUCAGACUCACCAUCGAUCAACUCAUCGAGCAAAAUCCAAAAGCAUCAAAUACACCGAAAUUUUCCAAUCUUUGCUAGCGCCGACAAUUGUCUCUAAAGUGAGUGGAAAUAUAAAAUUGGAUAUUAAAAAUGAAAGAUCUUUCAAAAUUUCAAAAUUCAUGAAAGAUCUUUCAAAAUUAAUUCUUUCACUGGCAAUUCUAGGAAAAUUCAGAAAAAAUUCAUUUUUCAGAUUCUGGCCUUUGAGUGCUGCCUCGAGUUGUUGAAUUUGUCAAGGAAGCAAUUGAGAACGCUUAGAGAAACUAGAUUCGGUGGCAAAAAGACGGUAAGCUGAAAAUAUGAACGAAGUAUGUUUGUGAAAUAAUGAACAACCAUUUUUAUAGCUUAUGCUUAUGGAACAAAAAGCAUUCACUUCGAAUUUUGCCUAUUAUGCUUCCGCAUGGAAACAAUAA